AUGGGGAGAUGGGACACAGGUGACCGCGACGCGGGUCGUGAGCCAUGCCCCGACCGAAUUAUUGAGGACCUUGGCGGUGCAUUUGGCAUGGGCGCGAUAGGAGGCUUCAUCUGGCAUUUUGUGAAAGGAGCCAGAAAUUCUCCACAGGGCGACAGGAUGCAAGGAGCCCUGUACAGCGCGCGAAGCAGGGCUCCAAUUCUUGGAGGGAACUUUGCAGUGUGGGGUGGAACCUUUUCUUCAUUCGAUUGCUCCCUCCAGUACGUUCGCAGGCAGGAUGACCAUUGGAACGCCAUUGCAUCGGGGUUCUUGACCGGCGGGGUGCUUGCUGCACGAGGCGGCUGGAAGGCUGCUAGUCGCAACGCCGUGAUCGGUGGCGUGCUUCUUGCAAUCAUCGAAGGCGUUGCAGCUCUCUUGAUGCGGUCCCUGUCGAAGACCCCUCGGGAGCAGGCCAUCGAAGCGAUGGAGCAGGAAAGGCAGAUGAAGGAGAACCCGAAUGGUCCAUUUCCGGCCUGGCUGCGAAACCCGAUGAGCCCGCAGCCGCAAGCCCCCUAG